AAGUGUGUAAGGGGGCAGGCAGAUGCAUAAAGGGCUGGUCUUGGUCUAUCAUGCCUAUAAGAGCAGAGCACUGGCCUUCACAUGAGCAUACAUCUCUGAAGGACAUACAGGUUGUUUCACACAGGCAAAGGAAGACAUCAAGACCUGGCUAAAAGAUGGGUUGGCAGAAGGCCAUGCUGGAUAAGCUUGCACACACUUUCCAGAUCCGCAACAAGCUGCUGCGCCAGGGACUGGCUGAAUGCUUGGGAACUCUCAUCCUGGUGAUGUUUGGCUGUGGUGCGGUGGCCCAAAUGGUACUAAGUGAAAAAAGUCAUGGUCGCUUUCUCUCUGUAAACCUUGCUUUUGGGUUUGCUGCUACCCUUGGAAUCUUGGUUUGUGGCCAGGUGUCAGGUGGACAUUUAAAUCCAGCAGUUACAUUUGCUCUCUGCCUCUUGGGAAGAGAAAAAUGGAGAAAGUUCCCUGUGUACUUUCUGUUCCAAACAAUUGGAGCCUUCUUGGGUGCCGCAAUUAUCUUUGCUGAAUACCAUGAUGCAAUGUAUGAAUAUGCUGGAGAAAAAAAUGAGUUGCUUGUAACUGGGGAAAAAGCCACUGCUGGUAUUUUUGCUACAUACCCAGGCCCACAUCUCACCAUCUUGAAUGGAUUUUUUGACCAGGUGAUAGGCACAGCAGCUCUGAUUGUCUGCAUCCUAGCCAUUGUGGACCCCUACAACAACCCAAUCCCUCAAGGUCUUGAGGCCUUCACGGUGGGAUUCAGCGUCCUUAUCAUUGGACUCUCCAUGGGCUUCAAUUCUGGUUAUGCAAUCAACCCAGCUAGGGAUUUCGGGCCUCGUCUUUUCACUUCCAUGGCUGGUUGGGGUGGUGAAGUCUUCACUAACAGACAGUGUUGGUUUUUGGUGCCCAUGUUUGCCCCCUUCCUGGGAUCCAUUAUUGGUGUGCUUGUGUACCAGCUGAUGGUGGGGUGGCAUGUGGAGGGAGAAGUACGGGACAAUAAGAAUAAAGCUAAGGAAGAGUCUUUGAAACUUAAUGACGUCACCAGCAAGGAUUAAUCUGCAUGAUCUCUAUCAGAACUUCGCACCAUAAAUCCACAUAAACUUUCUACUUUAAGUCUCUGAGUUCAAUAAAUAUGUCUUGUUCCAUCUAAGGCUCCCUCUUCUCUUUCAGAGGGGAUUCUGGUAGUCUUGCAGACAAUCAGAUAGACCUAAAAUAAAAUGCUGCAAAUGUCAAGAUUCCAAAGUUUUUUUAAUUGAUUCUUUAGCAUGAUUCCUCCUUUAAGGGAAAAAAGGUGUUUCUUCAGCAACACGAAUUAUAUUAAUUCACAGUUUUUAAAGUUAGUAAAAAUGUAGUGUAGCACCUAUCAAUAUUUCCAGUAUUUCACACUUUUGUACUACUACUGUCAAAAUAUGUUGCCAUUACUGUUGAGAAGGUGAGCAAUUCAACCAAAAAAUUGCUACUUAAUUCUUUUAUAUAUAUAUAUAUAUAUAUAUAUAUAUAUAUAUAUAUAUAUAUAUAUAUAUUAUAUAUAUAUAUAUAUAAAUAUAUAUAGUAUUGUCAUUUUCAUUAAAAAAAAUUAUUACAUAGCGAGACGAUACUUUAAAACUUAACAUGUACACAUUUCAAGAAACAUCUUACGUUCAAUAGCGUAGUAAUCCUGCAAUUGUAUAGCAUUACAGUCUUUAGACUAGUAUCCAUUUCAUCUUUCAUGUAUCUGUAAUGUAAUUUUAAUUUUGUGAUUGAAUGUUUUGAAGCAAUGAAUUGUUAUCUUAAUAAAGUUUUCUCUUUUUUUUUUU